ACUGAAUGUUGAAGCUUAAGUAGCGCCUGAUUCGAAAGAUUUGAUAGCUCAUAACCAUACGAAAUGAGCGCCUCGACUCCCAGCGGUUUUGAUAGGUUUAUGACCAUUUUUUCACCAGAGGGGCGACUUUAUCAAGUAGAAUACACUUUCAAAGCUAUAAGCCUUGAUGGUCAUUUAUCCGUGGGUGUGCGAGGCCACGACUGUGCAGUUAUUGCUGCCCAACUGAAGCUUCCAGAUAAAUUGAUCGACCGGAAGUCUAUAACACGCAUAUUUCGUCUUACGGAUUCUACUGGAUGCAUCAUGACGGGUAUGGCACCAGAUUGUCGCGCCCAAGUACAGCGAGCUAGAUAUGAAGCUGCAACUUUCAAACACAAGUUUGGUUAUGAAAUCCCGUGUGACGUUCUGUUACAUCGCAUAGGUGAAAUCAACCAAGUAUACACACAAUCUGCUGAAAUGAGACCACUUGGUUGUGCCAUGUUGGCUAUUUCUUUUGAUGAAGAACUGGGGAAACCCCAAAUGUACAAGUCUGAUCCGAGUGGGUUUGUAGCAGGACAUCGAGCAGUCGCUGUUGGUGAUAAGCAAACAGAAGCCAUGCGUCACUUGGAAAAUGAGUUCCGAAAGCAAGAAAACUACACUUUGGAAGAGGCCAUCGAACUGGCUAUAAGCUGUCUUUCACAUACUCAUUCAAUGGAUUUUAAGGCUACAGAAUUGGAAAUUGCGGUCGUAUCAAAGGCAGAUCCUGUCUUCAGAAAAUUAACGGUCGAGGAAAUCGAUGCUCAUCUCGUAAGGAUGUCUGAGAAGGACUAACUGUAUGAAAAGUGUAUAUUUUGUUUAAAAUGAAAUAUAUUUUCCUUUUG